GGCUAAUAAGGCAAUAUAUCGCGCGCGGAUUCUCAUACUUCCCUUAAAUUUUCAAGACCAACGUUUCAUAUUCGUUUAUAAAUAACCAUUCUUCUUUUUCAGUAGAAUUGUAAAUUAAGUCGGAGAAAACAAACAAACAAAAACAUGAAACUAGCAUUGACCUUUGUGGUGUUACUCGCGAUUCUCGUGUCGGUGGCUGACGCUGUGUGGGACGACGCCCACGCUACGUUUUACGGCGACAUUAACGGCAAAGAUACCAUGCAAGGAGCAUGUGGUUACGGAGAUCUAUUCAAAGAAGGUUAUGGGUUACAGACGACCGCGCUAAGCACGGCGCUCUUCAACAACGGCCAGACAUGCGGCGCUUGUUUCGAGCUCGUAUGUACGAACUCAAAAUGGUGCAAACCAAAUGCCGGUUCAAUCACAGUCACAGCAACUAAUUUCUGCCCACCCAAUUACUCCCCACCGGUUAAUACACGUUGGUGCAACCCUCCAAACAAGCACUUCGAUCUAACGAUGAAAAUGUUCCUUUCCAUCGCGGAGUACAGCGGUGGGAUAGUUCCUGUGAAGUUCCGGCGAGUGAAGUGUCACAAGACAGGUGGCGUGAGGUUUGAGAUCAAGGGGAAUCCUUAUUUCAUCAUGGUUUUGGUGUAUAACGUUGGAGGUGCUGGAGAUGUAACUAGUGUGACUAUUAGAGGGAAUAAUGGUCAAUGGAUCCCUAUGCAGAGGAACUGGGGACAAAACUGGGAUACUAGUGUGCGUUUGGUGGGACAAAGACUCUCGUUUUUGGUCCAUACCAGUGAUGGUAUGAGCAUGACGUUCGUUGAUGUGGCAUCCGAGAAUUGGGGGUUCGGUCAAACUUUUGAAGCAAAAUCAAACUUUCAUUAUUCAGAUGAUUUUAGUUUUUAGUUGGAGGCUGCUAUUCAUCGU